AUGGGAUUAAAUGAUGAUCAUCCUGGUGCUUCCGAAGAAGAAGUCGAAGCAGCUAAAGUUCUGGAUGUUUUGAGAAAUUCUAGCGUUAGAUAUGCUGAUGUUAGAGGAACCAACAAUGUUGCGCCGAUUAGAAGCCUCAUAGAUACAACGGAAAGUCAUGAUGAUACAGAAGAAGAGGAAAAUACUCAAAUACAUGAAGAGAAUGACGAUGAUGAAAUCGAUAAUCAAGAUGAUACACAAUCUGAACCGGAAACUCUGUUAAAUAGGGUCGUCAAUAAUGUUGUGACGUUUUAUGACGAUUUUAACAAUAAAAAAAGAGUUGCAUCUAUUGCGAAAUUACUGGAUGAUGCAUAUGAAGAUAAUUAUAGUUCCUCUGAGAAUGAGACAGAUGAGCGAGAUAAAGAUGAAAUCGAAUAUGUAUCAAAAAGGAGGAAGAUUUCAGAAGCAUUGGCGAAGAGUAAAGAUAAUUUUAAAGAGUACAAAUUUAAUUUAUCAAUUGAAUCCAAGAAGAGUCUCAUAACAUGUUUACAUCUGUUAAAAUUAGCGAACAAACAGCUAACAGACAAGGUAACAUAUCUUCAAGAAGUCGUACAAGAAGAGCAACAAGAUCAUGUAAAGCAUACGCACGAACAUAUUGCAGACCAUCAUAGAAUAGUGGCGUCCAGUACUGAUACUACCAAAGAGGAGGCUCAAACUAACGAUGAAGAUGAGUUUUUCGAUGCAUUUGAUGAAACUGAAUAUGAUGAAAAAUCCACCAUCAUCAAAAUGGAAAUCGUUGGAACUAUCAAGAAAGUUUAUAAUCUUGUUUCGAGGUUUGGUGGUAGUUCAUUACCAGAACCGGCUAGAUCAGAAGUUAGGGAGACAUUACUUAAUCUGCCAAGUAAUUGGUCAACAAGCGUGAAUUCGUUUUUCUCAUCUGCUAUGACAAGUGGAGGAGUUUCUGCUACAGAUAAAUCAUCCGAUACUGCACCGACAAGUGGAGCAUCUCAGUCCCAAAAUAUCGCAGAAGAAACGAAAUCCAGUCAUGACACUCCACAAGCCUAUUUAUCGGCUAAUGGUAAAGUUUUGAUUCUGGCAAAAGAAUCUUUGGAUGUUGUACGAAACGUGAUGGACGUGGUAGACUCCACUUUAGGAAAAGCUGAAGAAUGGGUCAAACAGAAGCAGGAGGUAAAAGAAAUUCUAUAUGAAAAGUUCCGUCUGAGCCAACAGCAAAAUAGUGAGGAAAAUCAAAACAAUACCGAUUCAAUUACAGAUCAUACCAAUUCUAAAUGUGAUUAA